AUGUCGAACAUAUACAAAGAGCAGACAUACUUGCUCUUAGUACAGCUCGGCUUACUGUACAUCCUCUUGACCCUCGUCGAACACUUUGUGUUGCAACCCUCAGGCCUUCAUGUCGUCCCCAUCACCAUGCCACAUCCUCUCUGGGUGGUCACGCUCCUGACGCCCGUGGUUCUGUAUCUACGCUCCAAGUACUACUGGCUUCAUUGGAUGCGUGUCCACGAUACCCAGCCUGCGCCCGUCUACCCCCACCGGGACCGGCUCCUCGGCACCGACUGGAUCGUCGACAUGUCAAAGGCCAUCAGCUCACACUCGAUCCUGCAGCUCUGGGAUGGGCUGUUCUCGAGCGUGGGAAACACCUUUUGGGCUAAAAAUGUCGGCGCGUGGAUCCUCAUGACAAACGAGCCCGAGAACGUCAAGGCACUACUGUCAGGGCAGUUCGAGACGUGGCAGAUCGCCGGCGUGAGGCAGACAGCCAUGGUGCUCGCGUUGGGGCCGAAGGCCAUCUUUUCUGUCAAUGGUCACGCCUGGCAUGAUGCGAGGGCCAUGAUGCGGCCGAGCUUUGUGAGGAAUCAGAUUGCCGACCUGGAGUGCACCGAGAGGCAUGUUGAGGCAUUCUUGGAUAGGAUACCCAGAGAUGGCCAACCGGUAGACCUGCAGGAGUUGCUGUACAUGUUCACCAUGGACAUCUCGACCGACUUUAUGUUUGGCUACUCAACCAACACCUUGUCGGAUCCCUCCUUGGAAGCCCUUGACUUCACUCGUUCCUUCGACUAUGCCCUCCUCUCCGCCUCGCGUCGUGCCCGCUUAGGCUGGAUUGUUUUGCUUGUGCCAGAUAAAAAGCUCAAUGAGGCUGCUGCAACCUGCAGGCGAUUCAUCGACCGCUACGUGAAGGAAGCGCUUGCUUCAGGCAGGGAAAAGGAGAGGCCUUACGUGUUUAUGAACGAGAUGUUCGCCUCAGGGGCUUCGCAGGAGUAUGUCCGAGACCAGCUACUUGCCAUGAUCCUCGGUGGAAGAGACACUAGCGCCAGCACCAUGAGCUCGUUAUUCUGGAUUUUGGCACGGCGGCCAGACGUGGUCGAGAAGAUGAGGGCCGAGAUUGCGGGACUGGAUGGUCGAAAGCCGACUUGGGAAGAGAUGAAAGAGCUCAAGUACCUCAACAUGGUGUUGAAGGAAGCUUUGAGAUUAUGGGCUCCUGUGUCAACAAACUCGAGAGAAGCUGUAAAAGACACAGUUCUUCCCAAGGGCGGUGGGCCAGAUGGGCAAUCACCCCUUUUUGUCCCCAAAGGCACGGCAUGCCGGUGGUCGAGUUAUAGUCUUCACCGACGUAAAGACAUAUACGGCGACGACGCAGAAGAGUUCAAACCCGAGAGAUGGGAGACACUCCGAGCAAAAUGGGAGUAUAUCCCCUUUAGCGGCGGGCCUCGGAUCUGUAUCGGCCAGCAGUUUGCUCUAACGCAAAUGUCGUACUUGAUAACUCGACUGUUCCAGACGUUUGAAUCAAUGGAGGCGGCGGAUGACAAACCCAUGCUGCAAAGUAACCGCGCCACCGCUGAAACUUCCGACGUUCCGGGCCUCGAGGCUCAGCCCGCGGGGCAUCUGACUGGUUUGGAGAUCGCUCUCAUCACUGUGACUGUCGUCUGCUUCGUCCUUCUCAUCUCGGCCGUCUUCAUCUGCCGAAGCGUCGAUCAGCGCCGUCGCAUUGGGGGCCCGCUGACACGACUCGAGGAGGGUAGUGCGAAGAAGAAACGCCAGGCGCGUCAGAAGAACGAAGGACAAGGCCAGGGCCAGGGCCAGCAACCCGCCAAGGAUUGGCCUUUCGGAAUCAAGCUUUUGGAUGUGAUCAAGAGCAAGAAGACCAAUGAGAACCCCCAGGGUCCCCCUGGCAAUGUCGUUGGCCAAGGAAACGAAGACAUCAACAUGAUUCCGGUUCAAGCGGCAACCGACUCGGCUACCCGCGUCUAA